AGUCAAAGACAUAUUUGGGGGAAAAAUAGUCAAAGACAUACACGGAUUGUGUGGGCAAAUAUCAACAAUCUCGUACCCAGUCGCCAUUACUAUCAUUAACUCCUUAUGAUUGCCAACUACACCCUCUGACGAGUGACUGGAGCCGAUUUUCCACCAAAUUUCAUAGCCAAGUGGGAUUUCCCUUUCUGCAUUUAUUACAUUCUUAUUGAUAAACCAGAAAGAAGUGAACAAUCUGUCCAGAAUCAGAGAUAUGGCUCUCGUACAAUGCUCCUUCCGAUUCUCUGCUCUUUCUGCCUCCGGGUCAUCUCAGAACCGCACGUGUCUCCUUCCCAGGGCGUUGAGCUUCAGAUAUGAGCAAAGUCCAGCUUUCCUGUCGAAUACCCAGAUUAGGAGGUGCUCUUCUGUUCUCUCUGCAUUGCCUAAUUCAACCAAGAAUUCUUCAUCCAUACCCACUUUUAGUCAGUUGAUUGAGACUUUGAUUAGUGGAAAAGACUUGACUGAAUCUGAAGCUGAAGAAUCCCUUGAUUUUCUGUUGGAUGGUGCUGACGAGGCACUGAUUAGCGCCUUUCUUGUUCUCUUGAGGGCUAAAGGAGAAACUUAUGAAGAAGUGGUGGGAAUGGCAAGGGCUAUGAUAAAGCAUUGUAGAAGAGUUGAAGGAUUAGAAGGUGCAGUUGAUAUUGUUGGCACAGGUGGUGAUGGUGCAAACACGGUUAACAUUUCUACGGGUGCUUCAAUUCUUGCUGCGGCUUGUGGUGUCAAAGUUGCAAAGCAAGGAAAUAGGUCUAGUUCAUCUGCUUGUGGGAGCGCCGAUGUGCUGGAAACACUAGGGGUUGCUAUCGAGCUAGACCCUGAGGGGGUUAAGAAGUGUGUAAAUGAAGCAGGGAUUGGCUUUAUGAUGUCUCCCAUCUACCACCCUGCAAUGAAGAUUGUUAGUCCUGUCAGGAAGAAACUCAAAGUCAAGACGAUAUUUAAUAUCCUGGGCCCGAUGUUAAAUCCAGCCAGAGUGCCUUUUGCUGUCAUUGGAGUAAACAAAGAAGACCUCGUCCACAAAAUGGCAAAAGCAGUUCAACGGUUUGGGAUGAAAAGAGCAUUGGUUGUUCACUCAGAAGGCCUAGAUGAGAUGAGCCCUCUUGGGCCUGGCUUAAUCGUCGAUGUUACCCCUUCUAAGAUUGAAAAAUUCCCAUUUGACCCAUUGGACUUUGGCAUUCCGCGCUGCACUUUGGAGAGCUUGAAAGGCGGACCCCCGGACUUCAAUGCGGCGACACUUAGGCGAGUGCUACAUGGUGAAAGUGGUCCAAUUGGCGAUGCAUUUGUACUGAAUGCAGCCGCAGCUGUAUUUGUUAGCGGGCGUGUAGACAGUCUGGGUGAAGGAGUGGCUCUUGCUCGAGAAACGCUGCUUUCUGGCAAAGCUGUGGAUACUCUUGAUCUGUGGAUACAAGUUUCAAAAAAUGUCAAAGAAUCAUCACUUCUCAGUGCUCCAGUCUCAGCAUGAAUUGUUGAUGGAAAAAAGUUGGAUUAUGAUGUACUAUAGGUGACAAGAAUAUGAGACUGCACUGUUUCCUUCAGGAAUACUAUACUAUUAAGAAAAAGGAAAUAAUAUUAGUAGGCUUUAGUAUAUUUGCGGCUGUUAUUGGUUCAGUUUGUAGAGAAACUGGUCCCAUUUUACAAGGAAGUUUAUUGGAGGCU